AUGUCAUUGGGACAGGCGCCUGAAACCUCCCCACAGGUGAAUGACGACGACACUCACGAUCUCUUAUUCGCUAAUAGAGGUUGCUGCUCAUGGAUUCGGUGCCUGGGCUCCGCGCCAGGCUCCACCAAUGGAUCAUCUUGGUGGGAGCGAAUCAAGAAGGCAGAGAGUGAGGACCGGUGGUGGACCCGAGGGUGGAAGAAGUUUCGAGAGUGGUCUGAGCUCGUGGCCCGUCCGAAAUGGAACACAUUUGUUCACCGGUUCAACAAAAACCGCACUGGAUUGGAAGCGUCCGAUGGGCAUGGGAAAUUCAACUAUGAUCCUUUGAGUUACGCACUGAACUUCGACGAGGGGCUGGGGCAAAACAACCAUUUCGAUGAGGAUUAUUUGGGCCGCGACUUCUCGUGCCGAUAUGCUUCAAUUCCAGCUUCGGCUAAGUCGUCGAUGGAUUUGGGGAAGGACGCGCCAGUGUUCACGUGA